AUGUACACCAGACCGCUUAUAAGAACCACCUCUUACAGACCCACUCAUCAAGAUAGGCGUCGGCCAUUUCCACUUCAAUUUUCAUCUCCAUCUCCUCCGCCCGAGUCUCUGUCGUCUCCGCUCCUUACGGACAUCAGACUAGAAGACAGAACCGGUGCUCGCGACAGGUUCUCUCCAGGAUCGGCCGGGCAGACGGAACAGCAGCAGCAUGAAGCCUUCACGCCGGGCAAGCGCCUCCGCGGCCCGGGAGAGAACAUCUUGGCGCUCUUCCUCUGGGUGCUUCCGUACGGCCUCCAGCCGUCAAACAACGCCGCCGAGUAUGGUUUCAAGGCGACGGCCAACGGCAUGUGCAAGGACCUGAAGUCGCCGGCCACCAGCAAGGGCAUGUUCCUGCUCUUGGUCAACGCCGCCACCGGCGUCGUGGCCGCCAUCGUCGCCUACUUCCGGAGCGGUCUUCUGGCGCCGAGCCCGGCCGCGUACCAGAAGUCAGAGGGCAGGCUGUACCUGGGCGUCGAAUCCGGUAGAGGUUUCUGCCACGUCAGCUGGCCCCGGAAGGUCAUGUAUGUGGUGCUGCUGGGCGCAUCCCUACCUUUGUACUUUUUUUACCUAUUAACGACAACUAGGUCCAAUAGUCUAGUUUUCACAAAGUACCCUGCGUAUAACGCCUACGAGGUCCUCGUGUCCACCAACUUCUUCGACGGCAGGCCAUUUGACCUGGCCGGCGUCAACAUGACGCGCUACGCCUCCCUCAAGGAGACCGUGACCAUGCCGUCGCCCGAACUGCAGUGGCCGGCCGAGUACGGUGGCUCCAGUGGGCUGAACCGCUCGCUUGGGCGGCUGCACCAAGGGCCGACGCUCUGGAAGAACCUCUCCCGCGCUAGCUGCGUCGAGCAGUUCAACGAAGCCCUCUACACCCGGUACAGGACGCUCGUUCUGGUGACUGACUAUGACAGCGAUAGCGACAGCAACAGCUCGAACUCGGCCCUGGCUGCCAGCGUUUUCCCCGGCUACCGGCUGAAGUCAGCCUCGUCCUCGCUUGUCGCCCUAUGUCCCGACAAGUAUCUGGAGGCGUACAAAGAUACAAGACAACCGCUCAAGACACCGUUCCUGAAAUUGGACAAGUCGAACGCGUCGCCUUGGGACGUGACGUUCCUGUCUCCCGCCGAGGCCAACGAGUGGGCGACCAACGGAUCGCUGUCGGCGCAUGUUUCGGCGAGGGGUAGCCUGAAGCGUCACAAUACUGCGUGGCAGGCGUCCCAGCACCCCGAUACCUUCGACCCAAUGCCGGGUCGAGACCUGUGCUAUCACUACCGGGCCGACGACGACCGUUGGGUGUCCAACACCACCAGUAUAUACCGCGUGCCGCAGUGCCGGCUACGGUACUGCCUCGCCGAGCCCGUCGAGACGCCGCGCAUGUGCCAGGUAGUGUACAGCCCGCGCGUCCUCUUCAUUCUUUCUGUAUUCCUCAGCUGCCUGCUCGCCGUCAUCUCCGUCGCCCUCGUGCUGCGGUGCGUGCGAGACGGGAUCUACAGCAGGGAGGAGGCGAGCGAGUACUUCCGCCACGAGCAGCCACCGCUCCGCCCGGUCUGGCGCAAAGAAUUCUGCAGCAAGUAUCCUAGCGGCUCGGGCAUGUUUCACCACCGCCGCAUACCCAGGCACCUGGCUGCCCUGAGCUUGGUCGUGUUUAUCUACGUCUGGGCGCUCUGGGGCAAAGCGCGGAACGCCGGGGAGGAUAUCAAGUAUCCCUCCGGUCCUAGGGAUGAGAGCUGGUUAUUCAAGGCCCUCGACUUGAACAAGGCUCUCCACAUUGUAUUCGAGGUGCAAUUCUAUUUCCAAACCGCCGACGUCCAGAAGCGCUUCUUUCGAGUCACAUGCGACAGAGACUACCAGGAUCCGGGAACGGAAAGCUUCUUGCAGAAGAGAAGAGAGACCUACCUCAAAAUAUUGCUGGCCAUACGCUCGUUCUUGGUGCACUUUUCGUACGGACUCAUCUUCAUCACACAGCUGAUGGGCGUGGCGCCGCUGGAGGAGGUGGCCGGGACCAUCGUGGGCACCAAGCCCCUUGCCUUCACAACGCUGGGCGUGCCGGCCUUCAACGAGCGCUCAAGUAAACUCAAUAUCUUGUUCCUGCUCUUCAAUUUGUUCAUCUUCGUUGGCCUCCCGUCGAGCGUCCUGGACGCCAUCUUCUACGUCAUCGCCAAACGCCACCCCAAGGAGGAGCAAGUCAGGUCCGUCUCGACUGUGGUACUCACCCUCAUCGUGUGGCUCAUCACGAGCCCGGUCUGGGCCUCCAUCUGUGGGUGGGUCCAUCCGUUUAAGGGUCGGAAUCAUGAUUAUUAA